AUGGCCUCUUCCGCCGUUUGCGCCUUGUGCCCGGCACCCGCGACCGUCCACUGCCCCGCUGACAGCGCCAAUCUCUGCGCGUCGUGCGAUCUCGCAGUGCACAGCGCCAACACCAUCGUGCACAGACACGUGCGCACCGUCCUCUGCCGCUGCUGCGCCGCCCCCACGACCGUGCAGAUCUGCGGCCUCCCCGCAUCCACCGCCGCCACUCCCCCUUGCAUCUGCGCCUCCUGCAUGAUGCCUCUGCUCUGGCCGUCCACGGGAUUCCCUGGAACGAACGCGGGUAACCUGGUUACCAACUCGCAGACGUCUGGGCCGUGCCCGCAGAGCUUAGCGGCUGCUACGGGUAGCCUACUGCCGGAAGGGCUUACGUCCGGUUCGGAGCGGCAUCUGCAGGGGUUCUUAAACGCUAGCUCGACUUUCUCCCUCGGGAACACCGCUGCUGCGCCGCCUCUCAUGACCCAUCUCCCGCGCCCGGCGGGGUUCGUGACGGGUGUCCGGGGUGGGCUUGUCCAGGCGGCGACUGUGACGCAGCUUGACGAUAACUCUCCAAUCAGCGUCCUCACGACGGAGUCUGACGUUUUCCGUUCGACGGAUUUCGUCAACCAGCAACCGCGAGAGAAGAUGCCACAGGAAGGGCUGUUUCACAGAGUACCGUCUCAGGACAUGUUUCCUGGGUCGUUCCGACCAGAGGGGUUGAUUCGACUGGAGGAAGCUGAGUCGUAUCGAGCCUGCGAGCAGCAGCAGCAGCAGGAGCAACGUGAACACAGCCCGCUCACUCUGUCUCUCUUCCCCCUCUCCGCCGACGAAAGAUCGUCCGCCGGGGGAAUGGCGCGCAGAAUUCACACUGAUGUAACGGACGAUAGCCGCGUGUCGUGCUGCGCUGUCCCGCCGCUGAUUCCGGUCGACGAGCCGCAGAGGAAGCGGCAGCGGGUGCAGGCAGGGAGUGGCGUCGGCGCGUCGCGAGCAGCGUCGGCGUUUGUCCCCUUUGUAAGCGAGACUUGCACCCAGGUGAAGCAAUUCGAUGGUGCAUCGACAAUGGAUGGGACGGGUCUGGGGAAGAGGCCAUAUGACGCGUGCGAGAAGCAGCAAUUUCCGUCAACUGCGGAGGCAACAGGGGCAGCAGCACCAGGAGCGGAGCCUGCGCGGGGAAAGCUGGGCAAGACUGCUUCCGCGCGGCUCCGCCACCGCGUUCUGCUGCGGCUACAGCCGACGGAUAUGGCGGCGGAGUCGCUGCGCGUGCUGCUGGCCGCGUGUCUGUGGGUCGCGGCUAAGAAUGAGGAGAACCAGAAGUGUGUACCGAAAGCGAAAGCGGUUGCUGCUGUAGCGAAGGUGCCUGUAUCGCGUCUGGCUUCUUGUGAGAUUGAGGUGCUGAAGAUGCUGGACUGGCAGCCUCAGAAGGGGUUUAACAGCGAGACUCACGGAUUUUGA